GGCGGGCAGCCCAACGUCCGCCCAGGCCACGCCCCGACUCAUGUCAGCUCCUGAGUAGGCGGGAAAAGGGCGGGGGCGGGACUUGGACGCAGCCAAUCAGCUGUGGAGGAGCGAAAAGGCGGGAAAAAGCGGAACCAAAAGACUGAGGCGGCGCCAGAGACCAGGAGGGGAGGGUGGGCGGAAGGAAGAGACGGCCUUCAGGUGACGAAGACCGGGCCUCCAGCGUAGGGGUGGCCCUUUGUCAGGCAGCAUCACCCCCAAGCCCAGCACCCCUAUUCCAGGCCCUUAAAGGGAAGACUCCGAUUCUAAGAAGCAGCCGAGCCCAGGGUGGGCCUGGAGCCCCUGGACGGCAGCGGCCAGCAGGCAGCACCCAGCAUCCCUGCUCACGCCCCCCAGGACCCCAGAAGCAGAGCAGCCACCAUGCACAUCCCUGAAAGCCUCCAGGACCUGGCUGACAGUGAAGCCGUGCAGUUUCUAAAGAGGCCCAAGACGAUCACCCGGAUCAUUGCAGGGGUCUUCUCCCUCAUCGUCUUCUCCUCCCUGCUGACCGACGGCUACCAGAACAAGACCGAGUCUUCGACGCUCCACUGCAUCCUGAACAGCAACAACGUGGCCUGCAGCUUCGCCGUGGGAGCCGGCCUCCUGGCCUUCCUCAGCUGCCUGACCUUCCUCGCCCUGGACGCCCACGAGAGCCGUGGCGGCAGCGCCCGCUUCAAGACGGCGUUCCAGCUGCUGGACUUCAUCCUGGCUGGCCCUGGGGCUCCCUCUUCUUGGUCUGAUCUCAACUGUCCCCACCUCCUCUUCCCCAUCUGCAGGAUCCCAGCGUCUCAGGCUGGGAAGGCCCUCAAAGUCCUGUGGACAGGCAUCUGGUUCGUGGGUUUCUGCUUCCUGGCUAACCAGUGGCAGCAUUCUUCACCCAAAGGGUUCCUCCUGGGAAGAAGCAGCGCCAAGGCCGCCAUCACCUUCGCUUUCUUCUCCAUCCUCAUCUGGAUAUUCCAGGCCUACCUGGCCCUCCAGGACCUCCGGAAUGACACUGCAGUCCCUUACAAGCGCUCCCUGGAUGAGGGUGGUGUGGUGCUGACCACCCUCUCCCCACCCUCAGCUGCCAGCCCUGUUAACACGCCCACCGCUGGCCCCAACAACCUGAGUUAUGCCAGUUCUGCCCUGUCCCCCUAUCUAACCACCCCGAAGGCCCCCCGCCUCGCUAUGAUGACUGACAACUGAACAUCCUCCUCCACAUCAGUAAAGAGAUACUCCUCCCUCCAGAAGGUUUCUGAA